UGGGAUUUUUUAUGCUAACACGUCACGUGCACGUUGUUAGUUUGCAUGGGUUUGUGGGUAAAAAGACUGACAGAAGUCAGCUAUCUAAAUAAGCCACUAGCUAGUUAGCCGGCGAAGCUAAUAGCCUAGCUUCGCACAGGGAUUCGCUGUGUCUGUGUGCGGAAAUGAUUUUAAACUGCUCAGGCGUUUUUGUCUUUUGUUUUUUCUUCCUUUCUUUAGUUUUCGUUUUUAGGUCCACCAUUUUUAAACUUAGUUCUAAAAUCGUUAGUUUCAACCGAAUGUCAAACGGUUUAAAUAGGAAAAGUGGUGCUUUGAGUUUGUGCAGAAAUGUUGUUGUGAGAGGAUCUCAGUUAUCGUCUGCAUCGAUAAUCAGUACGGGUUAUCGAACGGGUUUUUAGAGUAACGGCCGGCUUAGCAGGUUAAGCUAACCAAACCAAAGCGUGUCCAUUAACGGAGAUGAGCAGUGACGCCUGUGUCAUCAACUCUGUUGCUAGCCUCCAGGUUUAACUUCUGUUGUUUACUAAACAUGCGCAGGAGUAUUACCGACUCUGAUAAUGCUCUUGACCUGGCAGUGAUUCUCUGUGCGGACUUCCAAGUUUAGUUCCACGAUGGCUGAAGGGGACAAAGAUGAUGACGUGAUUCACCUCGCAAGUUUUAAUGUCCAUCGUAGCCAAGGUUCUUAUGCGGGUCGGAGGGUUCUCAUCACCAUAUCAGAUGACUCUGACGAAGAGCCUGUGACGCUGGUCCCUGGCAGUCCUGUUUUAGUCUCUGAUGAUGACGAUGUCAGCAUCCUGGAGUUUCCAGCUCUUGCACGCAAGCCGGUAAUUCGAGCAGCCAAGUGGGGCGGGGCAAGCCACAUUCACGGUGAAACGAGCACAAGUUCCGCUGCCGCCACAGGAGGUCCGGCUCCUGCCGUCUCCACCUCCAGAGAUGCCAAACCCAACCAAGCAGCCGCGCACACACCAAGGACACACACACCGCCACAGCCAGGCCAGUCAUCACACACACCGUUAGAAGCGCAACGCUGGGGCGCCACUUCAGGACUCACCAAGGUGGAGAUCCAUGUAGUUUCUUCUUUGAAAACGGAGGCCAAGUCCACUUCACUUGUCCCCCCUCAGCCGAGCACAUCUGGACUGUCGAAUCUGCAAGUUGGCUCUGUGGCGCCGAGUGCUGCUCCACAAACCUCUUCUUUUGUCAGUGCUCAAGAAAACCAGCGGACGAGUAGACUUGCAGCAGACGGCGCUCAGGCCAGCACCUCUGCUGCACACCAACCUGUAAAUCUGCCCCUGCCCCCCCAGGGGCAGAAGGUGAAGCUUGUCGUUCAUCCGCAGCAGCAGAGCAUCCAGGAUUCUGACGUAAUAACUCAAGUUCAGCACCAGAGGAGACUGGCCGCUCCGAUGCAGACUGCAACACAGUAUAAGACGCAGGGCAAUCUCAUCCAGGUGGAACCCCAAACCCUGGCUCAGGCGCCGGCUCAGCCUGUGGUCCAGCAGGCCCAAGCUCCUCACCAUCCGUCCGGGCCCCAUCCUGCAGUUCUUAUUGCAGCGGCCCCGGAGAGACUCGGCCCCCCCGAGGCGGGACACCGGAUAAUCUUGGGGAGCCAGGCCUCUGGAGAGGCGGUCCCCGACCCCGCCGUGCAGCCCGGCACCUCCACCGCCACUCCUUCAGCUCGCAGCGUCACUAUCAGGCCAUCCUAUUUGAGCUCCUAUCACCCUGCUCCACCAGCUCCAGCCGCAUCCCUCCCCCACAAUGGAGGCGAGGCUGGUCUGGUUCCAGCUCCUGGUCCUGAGCGGGCAGAUCCAGGCCCGGCCCUGGUUAAGGUCCUUCUUGCACAAGAGGACAUUCCCCACAUAGAGGAUGCCAGACCUGGACCGUCCGCACAGCAGGGGAGACCGGAGCAGCAGCAGCCUUACGUUCGAGCCCUCAUUACUGGGGUUUUGGAUUUAUUCCCAGAUGUCCAGGAAGCCUAUGUAGCAGAACUGAUCCUUAAGAACAACGUGAAAGACUUGAAUGUUAUUUGUAACCUGCUGUUGGAGAACCCGGAGUACGCAGACCGAGAGAAUGCGGCCGACGCAGUGGCUCCCACCAGCAUCCUGCUGCAGCCAGGAGACUCCGAACCAGAGGUGACAGAGGACCUGUUCGACUACGGCACGCUGACCACCGUGGGAUCGGAAGUUGUGAUGCAAGCUGCAGACCUGCUCAUGGCGGACUUCAGGAUGCUCAGCUGUCAAGAUAUCAAAUGGGCUCUAAACGCUCUGAAGGGACACUAUGCAAUCACACGCAAGGCCUUAUGUGAAGCUCUGAAGAAGUGGCAGGAAUCAGGUGAUUCGUUAGGAAGGAGAAGACGGAGCAGGACCUCCUCAGAGAGAUGCUUCAUUGACUUUCACUUUGAGCACGGUUCCCUGAAGCUGGAAAGAAGGAUGUUCUUCUUGGAGAACAACCGCCGUUACUGCCGGACCUACAGCAAUCUAGAGGCUUCAGUGCAGAAGGAGCUGUCCUUCUAUCAGCAGAAAGCCAAGGAGUGGGCCGAGCAUGAGGAUUUCCUGCUCGCUCUGCAAGUCAAUGAAGACGAAUACAAGAAGGACGGUCAGCUGAUUGAGUGUGGCUGCUGCUUUGGGGAGUUUGCGUUUGAGAAGAUGACGCAGUGCUCCGACGGUCACCUGUUCUGCAAAGACUGUCUGGUCAAAUACGCUCAGGAGGCCGUGUUCGGCGCAGGACAGGCACAGCUGAGCUGCAUGGAGGGCGGAUGCCCCUGCUCCUACCCCUCCUGUGAGCUGGAGAAGGUCUUGCCGGAGAACAUUCUGCUCAGAUACAACGAGAGACAGGCAGAGGAGGCGGUGGCCGCCACCUGUGCCGAUGAGCUGGUCAGAUGUCCGUUCUGCAACUUUCCGGCCUUGUUGGACAAAGACAUGUCUUUGUUCAGCUGUCCCAACCCUCGCUGCCGCAAGGAGAGCUGCAGGAAGUGCCACGUGCUGUGGAAGCAGCACAAGGGGAAGACGUGCGAGCAGGUGCUGGAGCGGGACGAGAUCCGCAUGAGGGUGCUGUUCGAGGAGCGCAUGACGGCGGCGCGUGUCAGGAAAUGCGUCAAAUGCGGCACCGGCCUGGUCAAAUCGGAGGGAUGCAACCGCAUGUCCUGCCGCUGCGGCAGCUUCAUGUGCUACCUCUGCCGGGAGCCCAUCACCGGCUACAACCACUUCUGCCAGCACGCCCGCUCCCCCGGGGCCCCCUGCCGCCACUGCCACAAAUGCUCCCUCUGGACCGACCCCACGCAAGACGACGAGCGCAUCAUUCAGGAGAUCCAGAAAGAAGGAGAAGCAGAGCUCAGUAAGAAGUGUGCAGGGAAGAGGGUCGGCCCGCCUCCAGAGAUCAUCCCAGAGACCAAGCGGCCGUGUGUGGGCCCCGCCCCAGAGAACCCACCCAACCCAAACCCGGCAGCUCCCCCUCAGCCACAGGCGGUGCAAGCCCCUUUGUUUGUCCCCCCUCGCGGCCGCUUCCCGCCGCCACCUCCUCAGGGCCAGAUGUUCCAUCAGAUCAUCAUACCCCCGGCGCCGUAUGUGCCCCCGCUGCAGCAUCUGCCCCCCAUGAACAAUAAUCACCAGCACGAGCACAACCCACCCUUCAACCAGCGUCACCGCAACAUGGACCUGCCCAUGCACUAUGGGCCCCCCCCAUACUACUACAGACGCUACUAACCCCCCUGCUGGGUUCUGCGUUUUGACUGUGAAUCACUCCGUUUGUAUGUUUCAGGUUAUAGACCCCCCCUCCACCCCCCAGGUUCCAGUUUGACCUCGAGUUGUUUGCAUUAAACAGACAGUUGAAGCCUUUUUCCAGUUUCUACAGAGAUUUUUCAGUAAAAGAUGUCUAAAUAAAUAUAAAUCAAAAGGUU